AUGGCUACCAACGAUUUCAAAAGUUUACCAGUUACUGUGGAGAAACCUAUACCGGUUGUAUAUGACCUAGGUAACCUAUCUGUCUUUGAUUCUAAUGUUCUAGAUAGAAAUAACUUUGACUCUUCAAAUGCCAAACGUGAGGAGCAUCUAAAAAACCUUACUCGUGAUAAUACACAACUAUUAAUUAAUCAACUAUUGUCCUUACCAAUCAAAAGUACGACUGAUUCAACUGGUGGUACAAGUGGUCAAAGUUCCACCAUGUCUCUAUUGAGAUUACCAGAACCAAUGACUGAAUUGCCAAGAGAAAAACCAUUACCUAAACCAAAAGCUCCAACCAAAUGGGAGAAGUUUGCUGCCAAGAAAGGUAUUAAGGCCAAGGAAAAGAGUGGUAAGAUGGUCUUUGAUCAAGCCAGUGGUGAAUGGGUUCCAAAAUGGGGUUAUAAAGGUUCUAACAAGAAGCUUGAUAAUCAAUGGUUAGUCGAGGUGGAUGAAAAGGUUGAGAAUACAGACAAAGAACUGAUUGACCCAAGAAGUCUAAAUAGACAAGAAAGAUUGAAAUUGAUCAAGAAAAAUGAGAGACAACAAAAGAAGAACUCCAGAACCGCUUGA